UCGACUAAAAUGAGUCUUACUGUUACCUUCUGAUAAAAGUAUAAAAUUAUUUUUUAACGAAAACAAUCCAAGUAAUGUAAAUCCUACCAAACUUUCAAGAAAUGUUUAAUCGUAACUCGAACUUGACCUAUAUUCAUAAACGUAUCUGUUUGAAAAUACGUUACCAUUUUUUUCAAAUUUUUAAAUCGUAAUUUAAUCUCAAAAACUACACAAUGGUUAUCCCGACCACGAAUCCAAAAAAGUACUCGUGCCCAAACUGCACAACCAAAUUCGUGUCCUCGAGUGCACUAAAUCGCCACGUGGCAACUGUCCACUCCGACGAUAAGCCGUUCUCCUGUGACACGUGCAACUAUCGAAGUAAGACUAAAGGAAAUUUGAAAACGCACAAAACUCUGAUACAUUCCAACAUACGUAACUUCGUUUGUGAUAAGUGUGGUGAAGAUAAGCGUUUCAAAACCAGCUAUGAACUCAAGUCCCACGUGAAACACCGACACACCAAACGGGAGCGAAAUUUCAAGUGUGACCAGUGUGCUUUCUCAUUUACUGAAGGGUCCCGCCUUAGAAGACACAUUAUCCAAGUUCACUCCGAGAAAGGUACCAGUCAUCCGUGUGAAUAGUGCGGAAAAACUUUUAAAUCCAUCUAUCUCAAGAAUGGCCACCUGCGUUACUUUCAUCUCCGCGAGUUUCAAAAAUUCCCGUGUCGCCAUCCAGGCUGCAAACACGAGGCAAGAUCCCUACAAAAUUUCCAUCGCCAUGAACAAACUCACCUUGCCCCUUCCGCCCGCGAAACGUUUCCUUGCCCCCAUUGCGACAAAGUGUACCUUGUCCAGGAAAGCUUAAAAUCUCAUUUGGAAAUGCACAAGAACGGGGCCCGAUUUAAAUGUGAGGUUCCCGGCUGCGGGAUAACCCUCGGCGCAAGAUAUUUACUAAACAGUCACGCCCGUACCCAUUCAGGCAAACGUCCCCACGCAUGUCCCCACUGUUCCAUGACCUUCCUUCUAUCGGGCAAUAUGAGACGACACAUUCGUUCUAAGCACAUGGAUGACAAAGUAUCCCGCGUCUUCAAGUGCCCCUUGUGUCCCGCCAAGUUUAAAUCUGCGGAAGUCCGAGCCCGGCAUGAGAAGACACAUUUGGAUGAAUCCAAACGUAAAAAUUUGGCGUGCCCCCACUGUUCAGAAACUUUCAUGCAUUUGGCUACGCUAAAAAGUCACGUGCGACGAUUUCACACAUUGCCGCAGGAUCGGGAACAUUUCCCAUGCUCGUGGUCAAGUUGUGGCGCCAUCUUCGAAACGAGUGAGGCCAUGCGACACCAUUUUAGAACGAGGCAUACCAUACGCGAGAGGAAAUUUAAGUGUUACUUCUGCCCCAAAGAUUUUGUUUGUAUGGAUUAUUUAUCCAUCCACGUGAGAGUGCAUACGAAUGAGAAGCCUUACAGUUGUUCCAAAUGCAGGAAGAAGUUUAAAAGUUCUGGUGUCAAGUAUCAACAUUUGAGAGAUCAUCACACCACGCGCAUAAGGUUCCAGUGCCCACACUGUGAGCAGAGGUAUCUGGGAAAGUCAUCUUUGGAGACGCACAUGAGUAAAAUUCACGAUCCUAAGUCAAUAAAGUGUGGUUUGUGCAAACUUAGCUUACCGUCGCUGGAAAAAUUAGAAAUUCACAUCCGCGCCGAACACACGAAUGAGAAACCGUACCCUUGUAAAAUCUGUGGACUGGAAACUUCAUCAUACAACUUGCUAAGGAGCCACAUUUUACAAAAUCACAAAGACACAGUGAAGCACUUUAAGUGCCGGAAAUGUGAGAAAACGUCCAUUUCUCGGGCUCGCAUAAAAAAUCAUGAGGAAACCCAUAACCCUGAUAGGACCAGGUAUCCCUGUCCUACGUGUGGAACAACAUACUCGAAUAUACAUUCCUUAAGGGAUCACGUGAACGCAGUACAUGCAAAUGUUUUUAAAUAUUCUUGCUACUUUUGCUCCGCCAAAUACCGGUUUGCUGAUGGCUAUAAGGCACACAUGAGAAAAAUGCACACCAAGGAAAUUCCACAUCGGUGUAAGUUAUGCAGUUUCAAAUCUGUUAAUCACGGCACGCUCAACGGACACGUGCGAUUUGUUCAUCGUGAAGCAACCAGUUGUUACUUUUGUAGAAAAAUGUGUUCUGAUAUGGAAACGCAUAUGACCAUUCACACCACCGAGCUGCAUUUUGGGUGCGGACUUUGUCCUAAAUCGUUCAGGUUACAAGGAGUUAGGCGUACACAUAGGAAAAAGUAUCACGUGUAAUGUGACGUAAUUUUAAAUCUUUAAUUUUAGCAAUGAAUAUUUAGUAAUUAGGAUUACGAUUAGUUCAUUCAGGCUCGUUAACUAGACACGUGCAAUUUUGUCACCGUCAAGCAACCAGUUGCUACUUCUGUGGAAAAAUGUGUUCUGAUAUGCACACUCAUUUGACCAUUCACACGACCGAGCUGCAUUUUAGGUGCAAACUUUGUCCUAAAUCGUUCAGGUUACAAGCAGAUAGGCGUAUUCAUCGGAGAAAGUGUCACGUGUAAAGUGACUUAACUUUUAAAUUUACUUUAACGAAAUGAGUGAUGAACGCAUAGAUAGAUAGUUAGGGAAUCCAAUUACGAUCAGUUUAAUUUAAUUCGUGCUAUUUUGCAUUUUAGUAGUUUCCAAAGUGUUCAUUUUUGUUAGUAAGAAGCCCACUCAAUGUACGUGUUUAUUUCGUUGUCGUAUUCACGGGUCGUAUUCACGGGAACAUCUUACCUAGCAAAUUUUGAAAGCUAAAAAAAUAUGUGUAUUAAUGAGAUGCGCAAAAUAU